GAGAGAGCGAGAGAGUUGGGCACAUAUUUAUGCUACCCUAUAUAACCUACUCCAUACUCCGUACCUUGGUUCAUGAAUGACUAAGAAUACGUUACGGGAAGCGGUGAGUUGGGGCAAAAUAUGGGAUCGUCAAUUCGUACGGAGUACAGAGUACUGUUGAUCCCUUCAGUUCUCACUCUAGAGCCUCUUUAAUCACAGGUAUCAACCUUGCGCCACUGCGGUGUCCAGGAGGAGAUUCCUGACAGAAAACGCUGUCUAUCCUUCUCUCUCUUAACCUUCUUGCUCCACUCAGCGCACUUGAGGCUCUUAGCUGUCCUGAUUCAACUUUCGACACGACCACAGUUAAUCUGGACGACCUCAAGAAAAAUUCCUUGGAGAUGGCUAUUGAAGAGAACAUGCUCAAAGUUUAUCCCCAAGACAAGGUACUCCGAGUUUUCGUUAAACCUAUCGUGGAAUACCCUAUCUCAGUUACAGUGUUGUAUCUCACUGUUGGCUUUGGAUGGAUACACAGGUGCGCCAUGACACGUUGUGAUAAUGUCUGUGUGCGUGGAUCUAUCAUCGGAAUGGCAGCCACCGUACUUUGGAUGAUUUUCGUUGCGGUUUAUACUUCACAUCUGAAAUCUAAGUAUCGAAGGAUGUUGGAGGAGCAGGCUACAGCUGAUGCGAAGUCGCAAGCUAAGGCCAAGGUGGAGUCGCAGUCUAAGACAAAGGAGACGUUCCGGGAGUUGCAGGGGUUGCGGAGGUCGCAGAAGUUGGAGGCUACAGUCGAUGCCGAUAAAUAGAUGGACAGUUGGCCAGAGGGAGAGGAGGGAAGAUGGGGUGUGAUCGGGGGUUGACUCUAUCUAUACUCCUCGAGAGGUAUCAUCGCUUAGCUGUUUGUCAGACAUGCAGAGCAUUGACAAACCAAAAUGGAACUAAUAUCGUAUGAUUGCUGUGGGAAAGUCAGAGAUGUCCCUGAUAUCCUUUGAUAAUCUCUUUCUAUUCUUUUCUACAUCAACUGUGAUAUACCAUCAUUGCUUCUCCCGGGCUUUUCGUAUCAAUAAUCGAAAUGUGGC